AUGAUGAAGAAUGAAAUAGAGAGAAGGUCGAAUAUCUUGUUAGAAAUGUGUAUGGAUGAGAGUACUUUUGAUUUGGCUCUCGAAUCCGUGCGGGAAAACAAGUGUCAAAGGCUUGAAGUUUGUUCCGAGCUCGGAGCAGAGGGAUUUACACCUCACGAGGAGAUGGUUCUCGCGUGCUUAUCGGAGCCUCUAUUCGAGCACACCAAUUUAAAUAUAAUGAUUAGACCCAAAUUACAUACAAAAUUUGGAACGAGUGCUGCCAGUAGUAACACUAUGAUUGAUUCAUUUUGUUACAAUGAUGAAGCGAUAGCAAUAAUGAAGACUCAAAUAAGGAAAAUGAAAAAGUUAUUGAUGCAAGAAAAAGACAAAGUGAAGAAUAGACAAAUUGGAUUUGUUUUGGGAUGUAUUGAGAGAAGGAUGAAUGGAAAAAUUACGAUUAAUGUCAAUGCAUUGAAGGAAUUAAUAGGUGUCAUCCAAGAGCCAUGUAAAGAUCUUCACCACACACAACACCGAUUUUCAAUUACGUUUCACAAAGCGUUUGAUUUAUUGAGCGAUCCAAUUGAAUCUGUCACAAUCCUAGCCGAGUUAGGUAUUGAUCGAAUUUUAACGAGCUUGAAUUUUGAAUGUGAAGAUUUGAAAGGAAAAGCUGUAAAUUCUAUUCAACAAUUUAUGAAUGACAACGACAAUACAGAACUCUUGCAGAGGUUCCUGAAAACAGUCAGUGAUGUGCCAGACACUUCAAAAGUGAUACUUUUAAUUGGAGGAGGAGUGAGAGAAAAUAAUUAUUUAGAAAUUAUGCAAUUUUUUGAACUAUUCCCAAAAGUUCAGUUCGAGCUGCAUUCUUCCACUCCAUUCAAAAUCAAAUAA